AUGAGCUUCAUAAAAUGCCAAGAGGUCAAAUUAUUUGGGGAAAUAAAUUACAUACAUAGCUCAAUUAUGUAUCACUUUAGGGUUGUACCAUGGGGUGAUCCUAAGGAGUUGGAUGAUUUAAAGAACUGGUUUUAUAGCAAUAAUGAUGAUAGGGCAAAGGCGAUUGCCAAAGUGAAAAGUUACCAAAGUCGAGGUUCCCAGUACUUACCACAUGUAAUUGAUUCAACAUCACAACUAAGUAGUGCUGUACUACUUGAUGAAACGAACAAUAAGGUUGGAAUGAACGCAAUAAGAAUGGCAUACACGAUGGCUUUAAUUAGAUUUGUUAAUGGUAUAUUAGAUCCAAAUCAACAAGCACAAUAUGCCAUACCAUUACAUAGAUUAGCCCAAAAUGUUGGUCUGGGGAGUUGGUUUGUCGAAUUAAGACACUGGGGUACACAUGAGAGAGAUUUGCCUAGUAUUGAGAUGCUUAGAAUUACGGCGAAGGAGGCACUUACAUGGUUAUGGGAUCAUUAUUGGAAUGAUAGCACAUUAGAAGAAAUGACCAGUGAUGAUGAAGGUAACAUUGCGGAGAACAUCGUUACCGAAGAAGAAAAAGAAUUACAAAGAGUUCUAAUUUUGUGGCCAGGUCUGUUGUAUGAAUUUUCACACAAUAAAUAUAUUUGGCAAAAUGAAAAUAAUUCAUUAAUUAGUAGUAUCAAUUUCACAGUAUCUGAAAAGACUAAAAAAAACCAGAAAUUGCCAGAGACAAAGAUCAAUAACUAUAUUAACGAUUGGAAAGUAAUAUGGAAGAGCUAUCGUGACCGUGAACAGUUUGUCGAUACUAUUAUGGAAAAAUACAAUUCCCUUCUACUACAUUUGUUAGUAAUUAAAUUAACAGAUUUUGAAAUAUAUUAUUUUAAAUGGCUUCUAAAGGAAUAUUCUAGACAACUUCAAAAUAACAAUGAAAAGGAACCAGUAAAGAAACAUUCGUUGCUGGACAAACAUUUCCGUAAUUGGAUGGAUAUUGAACAAAAAUUGAUUAAGAGAGUUAUUAAUCAUCUUAAUGUCAAAUCAGUAAUACCGAGAUGGAAUCUUUGGAAGGAUGCUCUGAAUGAGGAUCCAUCUUAUCUAUCUGUCGUAAUAGUAAAACAGCUCAUCAAAAGAAUUAAUGAAAUGAAUAAUGGUAGCGGUGACAAUAAUGAAUGGAGAAAGAAAAAGAAGAAGAAACAAAUAUCUAAUGAACAAGAAAUUAUGAAUUCAGCAAAGGAGCUAUUGAAGGAGUUUGAAUUAAGAUAUGAUAUAUCCGAAAAGGACACAUAUGAACAUUCAUUUUUAAUCCUCAAGACCCACGAAACAACUUCAAUAAAAAGUGAUAAGAAACACGAUCUAUCAACUGAGGAUAUCUUCAAUGAUCUAGCAAAUCUAAAGAAAAGACUGCAAAAGACGAAUAACAAAUCCCAUGGAGCAACGGAAAGAACAGAAGUUAAGAACCAAAAAAUAAUACUUUGGGAACCUAUUGAAACAUGGAUGCCUAAGCCCUUUGGUGUACUAUAA